GGCCCCCCGCGGCGGCGUCGGGCACUCCCUCCUCUGCUAGCUGCUCGCUGGCUGCUCGGUUGCGGGAGCCCGACGGUAGCGGUGCGGGGCUCGGCGGCGGCAGCGGCGGCGGCGGCUGAGGAGGAGGCGGCGGCGGCGGAGCGGGAAGAGGACCAGACGCGGCGGACCCGGAGGGCUCAGGACCUUCGGCCCAGGCGGAGAGCGGGCUCCCGGCGGCUGAGGCGGCGGCGCCGCGCUGGGUGUGGCCGGGCUGUCCGGGCCUCCGGCUCCGGGGCUAUGAGCCGCGAGCGCGCGAGCCCCCUGAGCCCGAGCUUCAGCUAAGACCGCCCGGCGGGCAGGCGGCCCCGGCAGUUGUCUUCAGCAGUAUUGUUUGUCACUGAGUGCGAGACGAACACAGGCGUGAAAGAUGAGUGAGCUGGAGCAAUUACGACAGGAAGCGGAGCAGCUUCGGGGUCAGAUCAAGGAUGCUAGGAAAGCAUGUGGUGACACAACACUCAGUCAGAUGACAACAAGUCUGGAUUCUGUAGGAAGAAUUCAGAUGCGAACAAGACGUACACUUCGGGGUCACUUAGCUAAGAUUUAUGCCAUGCACUGGGGAUAUGAUUCAAGGUUACUAGUCAGUGCUUCCCAAGAUGGAAAACUAAUUAUUUGGGAUAGCUAUACAACAAACAAGAUGCAUGCCAUUCCUUUGAGAUCUUCCUGGGUGAUGACCUGUGCUUAUGCUCCCUCUGGUAAUUACGUUGCUUGUGGUGGUUUGGACAACAUCUGUUCCAUCUAUAACCUGAAAACACGGGAAGGCAAUGUGAGAGUAAGCCGGGAGUUACCAGGCCAUACAGGCUACUUGUCCUGCUGCCGUUUCUUAGAUGACAACCAAAUUGUUACAAGUUCAGGAGAUACAACCUGUGCUUUAUGGGACAUUGAAACUGGCCAACAGACCACCACAUUCACUGGACAUACUGGCGAUGUGAUGAGUCUCUCUUUAAGUCCUGACAUGAAAACUUUCGUUUCUGGUGCUUGUGAUGCCUCUUCUAAACUCUGGGAUAUCCGAGACGGAAUGUGUAGGCAGUCUUUCAUUGGGCAUGUGUCAGAUAUUAAUGCUGUCUGUUUCUUCCCCAACGGACACGCCUUUGCCACGGGCUCGGAUGACGCCACUUGCCGCCUCUUUGACCUCCGGGCCGACCAAGAGUUGAUGAUGUACUCCCAUGAUAAUAUCAUCUGUGGCAUCACUUCUGUCGCCUUCUCCAAAAGCGGGCGCCUCUUGCUAGCUGGUUAUGACGACUUUAACUGCAACGUAUGGGACACGUUGAAAGGAGAACGAGCAGGUGUUCUUGCUGGCCAUGAUAACCGUGUCAGCUGUUUAGGUGUUACUGAUGAUGGCAUGGCUGUAGCAACAGGAUCUUGGGACAGUUUUCUUAGAAUCUGGAAUUAACUGUGUUGUACUAUGAUUUACAAAAUUCUCCAUUGAGAUCUGGAGAGAUCAAUGCUGCAGCCUGUAGCUGUGAAAUAACAUUUCUACCUUGUA